CGGGUCACUUGCAGAGCGAGCUAUCGACACGUCCAUGGCGCCUGUUGGGCGGCGCAACAGAAGAGGAGUGCAGCGUGGAAGCCUCGAGUGACGUCGGGACGGGCAGGAGCGUACGGAUCGGGAUUAGACAGCGAAGAGGGAGGCUAGCGGACUGAGAGCGGGGGAGGGCUGAAUACUGUCAGAAGCCAGAUGGGGGUUACUUUUAUAGACGUGGCUGCAAGACGGUAUAGGGUCUCAAAAGCCGACGAUGAUCUAAGUCCGUCAAUAGGACUAGGACGGACGACGGUAGACGACGUCGAGAGGUCUGCGUACGUCCUUGAGCCAGGGUCUGCACGGCGAGGGGUAUUACAGACGCGCGGGGAAAGUGUUUUCGGGGUGUGAUUUUCCAGACCGUGUUCGUUUUGGUGAUUGCUGAUUGGGGGAAGAAGAGACGCACGGUGCCGGACAGCACACGACGGAGGCAAAGCGAGUCGAUGGGCCGAAUCCGGCAUCUCGAUCAUCAGAUCCAAGUUGGCACCCAACGUUAUUUGUGCCGGUUGACAUUCAGCCCCGCGUCCUCUGCGUCUCCUCCGCCGCUCCUUCCUUCCUGCGACCAUCUCCGUCGUCCACAGGCAGCGUCCCGCCCGUGGGACAACGCCCGCAUUGCCGCCCCCGCUCCCCGCCUCCGACCCCCUCCCGACGCCGCCGCAGCAGCCAUGGAUUACUCCCAGCAGGGCAUGUACUCCCAGCCGCACCAGCCAGACCUCGACGCCCCGUACCUCCCCCCUCCGGAUGGCUCGCACUCCUCCUACGACCAUCCCGAGUCGAUGGAGGCCCCUGAGCAGUCCAGCUACGACAUAUUCUCCCAUAACUCGACCCAUAGCGCGCCGUACGCAAGCCGCUACCGAUCGAGCACCAACUCCUCGCACGGCUAUCCUCCGCCCGGCGACGGCGUCUACUCCCACUCCUCAUUCGCCGACUCCGUCCCCUCCUUCGGUGGCAGCGACUCGUACGGCAUGAUGGGCAGCUUGCCCUCAUCGUCAUACCCCAGCGGCAAGGUCUCCCCCGUCACCCCGAACGACCCUGUGGGCGGCAUGCAGCAUGGCCAUCCAUACGGCGCAGACAAGGUAUACUCGAAUGGCCAGGCGGACGCCGCAGAACGACACAUGCAUGGCUAUCAAUCCCGCUUCGCAGACGAAUUCCCUAUGGGCGGCGUUAACAACGGCCUGCCUUUCCCAUCCCUUCAGCAGUACUCCGACCGCCGAUACCCCGCGGAUAGCCAUUAUCCCGGCUCACAUUCCUUUCCGCCACACAUGUCCCAGCACGGCGUUGCCCCGACGGCCACGAACGGCUCGCUGGCGUACGACGAUCGCUAUAUGGGAUCGGGGCACCUUGACUCCCCCAUGCGCCCUAUGUCUGGCAGCGACGAUCCCCUUCGCAUGAAGAUGCAGCCCAUGCUUCCCGGUCCCAACGAGUUCCACGCCUUCAUUAGACCGUAUGUCGAGCAGUACAUCCGCACCUCCAACCGCCUCGCAUUUGGAGAGCGAUCGGUCAUCGUCAUGUCUAGCAAGGUCGCGCAGAAGUCAUACGGCACUGAAAAGAGGUUCCUUUGUCCGCCACCGACGUGUAUUAUGAUUGGCAACUCUUGGUGGACGGAGGUCGGGCGCCAGGGCGAAGAGCCGAAAUUGACGCCUCCCCGUGUCGUCGUUUCAAUCUCCGGCGAGGCGCAACCUCCGGAAGGUGCCAUCGAGUGGACUGGGGCUCUGGGCAAGGCGUUCGAACCGAGCGAACCGCCUUCUGGCACGACAUACGUCGGUCGCUGCGUUGGCAAGCAGCUCUACAUCUCGGACGUCGAUGAGAAGAGGAAAAAGGUGGAGGCGUUGGCCAAGAUCAUGGCGCCGGGCUCGGAAGACGAACCGGAACAUGUCAUCGGCUGCUUCCCCAGUCGUCCCAUCAAAGUUAUCAGCAAGCCCAGUAAGAAGCGACAGAGCGCGAAGAAUCUCGAGCUUUGCAUCAACCAUGGGUCGACGAUAUCUUUGUUCCAUCGUCUGCGGUCGCAAACCGUGUCCACCAAGUACCUCUGCGUCUCCGGCUCGGGGACCUCGUUCAAAGGCUCCGACGGCGCGCCUCUGAUGGGCCUUGACCAGCGCAACCGCACGACUACACCUUCCUUUGUUGCCCGCACGGCGAGCUGGGACCCAUUCGUACUGUAUAUCGUCGACGUCAGCAAGCCAUCCGGCGGAAUCGACGCCCCACCGCCGCCCCCUCCUCAGUCUGAUUACCCCUCGCCGCCGCCGAACGCAAUUCCCUUCUCGACCAACGGCUCGCAGAUACCAGUGUACUACAACCAGACGGUCGUGCUGCAGUGCCUGACCUCUGGCGUCGUCAGCCCGGUGCUCAUCAUCCGCAAGAUUGAUCAUCAGACGACGGUCGUUGGCGGUGGGCUGCAGGCUGGGUCGAAGGGCGUGCCCGACCUCAACUGCGUGCCGGGCGAAGUGUGCGGCGACCCGGUCUCGCAGCUGCACAAGGUGGCGUUCGAGGUGUACGAUGCGUCGAAGGCGACGGGGCCGCCACCGGCGGGCUCGCCGGGUGAUUCGGGCGCUUUCUUGUCGUGUAUGGGCGAGAAGGUCAAUACGUACCGGCCCAUCGACGGUCGCCAGUGGAUCUCGCCCGACCCCAGCUCGCCCACAGCGUCGUCGCCUGGUGGAGAAGCGGCAUUGGGGGGCGCCGCAGAAAGUGGGCCGCCGUCACCCAACGGCAGCGACUACGCGUCGAACGAUGGCGGGCGAGUGAAGAAGAAACGGUCGACAUCAAGCGCGGGCAUGAUGUCCACGCCUGCGAAGCGUCGUCGCCCGAGUUCGGCGGGCUCUGUCGGCUCGAGACGCGGUGCGGGCAGCGACCCAGUUGCGUGCUCGGGUGCGACUUGGCAGGUCGACAUUGGGGAGACGAGCGUGUGGACCAUCGUUGGCGUUGACCAGGUCCGCUACAACUUCUACGUGCCGCCAAUCUUGUACGACCAGCAGCACAAGCCGGCGAGCGGCUCGUACCCCGUACCGUCGAAGGCCGUGACGCCGUUCCCCGGGGUGGUCAAGUACCUGCCGCCAGACCGCGCCAGCGAGCUCCCCAAGCACCACAACGCGCGCAACAUGAUGCGCAACGGCCCGUCGCCGAACAAGCUCUUGACGAUAUACGGCGAGAACUUCUCUAAGACGGACCCACCCAACGUCUUCUUCGGCGCGGACCCCAGUCCCUACGUCGAGGUCCGCUGCACGGAGGUCAUAGGCUGCUUGCCGCCGGAGAACACGGUCGUGAAGCGCCGACCGAUUGUGCUCGUUCGCUCGGACGGUGUCAUGUUCCCCUCGUCCGUCAUGUAUCCCUAACCGGUUCGUGUCGUGCGCGCGCACCCAUUCUAUCCCUGCUCUUGCUUCAUUUUUAUGCCGUGUCUUGGAUACCGUGGCCUAUUGAUUGUUCCCAUUGCUGCUCUCGAUACCUUUUCGCUUGGUUAUCUCCCUCGUUUUGUGUAUAUAUCGAUGAUGACAUGCCUGUGUAUAUACCUGGACGCGUAGUAGACCUCCUGGUUUCGAACAACCUAUCCGCUUUGCUGUGUACCCGGUAUGUACUUACGAAAUCAAAUGCGACAUUGUAGACUGUAGGGGAACAUGGCAUGCGAACAACGCACUCUUACGCACUCUUGAGACUGUUAAGCGUAGGCUCUGAGCGCGACGGAAUUCCGCUGGACGAGCGAGAACAAAGCAA